CAUGAAUCUAACACUUGAAAAUCUCCAGGAAUAUGGGGAAGGAGCAAGUAUGUAGGUGUGUCUCUGGUUGGGAAGACUUUGGCUGUGAUGGGAUUUGGGAAGGUCGGAUCAGAAGUUGCAAGACGAGCAAAAGGUCUAGGCAUGCACGUUAUUGCUCACGAUCCUUAUGCUCCGGCAGACAGAGCACGUGCAGUUGGUGUUGAGUUGGUUUCCUUUGAUCAGGCCAUAUCCACUGCUGAUUUUAUCUCCCUCCAUAUGCCUCUUACUCCAACAACUAAGAAAGUCUUCAAUGAUACCACCUUUUCUAAGAUGAAGAAAGGUGCACGUCUCAUUAAUGUUGCUAGGGGAGGUGUUAUUGAUGAAGAUGCUUUGGUCAGGGCUCUUGACUGCGGCAUAGUUGCUCAGGCAGCACUUGAUGUGUUCGCGGAAGAGCCCCCAGCCAAGGAUAGCAAAUUGGUGCAGCAUGAAAAUGUUACCGUCACACCUCAUCUAGGAGCCAGCACCAAAGAAGCUCAGGAAGGAGUGGCUAUUGAAAUAGCAGAAGCUGUUAUCGGAGCAUUGAAUGGAGAACUCUCGGCAACUGCAGUGAAUGCACCAAUGGUUCCUGCUGAGGUUUUAUCAGAACUAGCUCCUUACGUCCAGUUAGCUGAGAAGCUAGGGAGACUAGCAGUACAGCUCGUGGCUGGAGGAAGCGGUAUCCAGACAAUCAAAGUGUCGUACAUAACAGCAAGAGGCCCAGAUGACCUUGAUACUAGACUCCUCAGAGCAAUGAUCACCAAAGGUAUUAUUGAGCCAAUCUCUGAUAUGCACAUCAACCUUGUCAAUGCAGAUUUCACUGCCAAGCAGAAGGGUCUCCGCAUUAGUGAGGAGCGUGUUUCUGUGAAUUCAUCCCCUGAGAACCCAAUCGACUCUAUCCAAAUUCAAAUUCCAAGUGUACAGUCAAAAUUCGAGAGCACCAUCACAGAGAAAGGGGAUAUAAGCAUCGAAGGAAAAGUUAAGGAUGGGAUUCCCCAUUUGACCCGUGUUGGAUCUUUCGCAGUGGAUGUAAGUCUUGAAGGGAACAUUAUCCUUUGCAGACAAGUUGAUCAACCGGGCAUGAUUGGGAAAGUAGGGAUUAUUCUUGCUGACCAUAACGUGAAUGUGAACUUUAUGAGUGUUGGGAGGACUAGCAAGAAGCAGAAGGCUAUAAUGGCAAUUGGUGUGGAUGAAGAACCUGAAGAGGAUGCUCUCAGAAAGAUAGGCCAAGUUCCAGCUGUCGAAGAGUUCGUGUUCCUUAAACUAUAGGAAGCUUCAAGAGUGUAGGAAGAGAUCAUAGAAGAAAGGCUGGCUUCUGCAUAAUAUUCAGAAGCGAUAGGGUAAUUAUAUCAGAUCAACCCUGCUUUGCAUAUGCAGCUCAGGGUUUCUGAUCUCCCCCUAUAUGUGUGUGUUAGUAAUAAUAUUUCAAAAACUUGAACUCUUUAUUGGGAUAAUAAUAUGUUUUAGUACCAUUAGUUCCCCCCCCCCCAGUAAAAAAACGAAUUUUGUGUGUUGAAUCUGUGAUAUAUGAGCUCGAGUUGAAAUUAGCUUCAUAUAUCUAUGUGAUGUAAGAUUCUUGUUUGAUUUUAUAUAAAUGCAGAGAGUUGGUUUGGGUUGCAA